UAUCAUCAGUCAUCAAAUUCGGCUUUGUUUUUUAAAGUUGAAUAUUUGUAUUUCUCAUUCAGAAACCAUUAUAUAUUUAAAAAAUUAAGAUCCGAUAAAAUAAAUAAUAUAACAUGACAUUAAACCUGGGAAGAAAAGACGGUGGUCCUGGGUACGUGGGCAUUCAGUUCUGUCAGGAGUGCAAUAACAUGUUAUACCCGCGCGAAGACAAAAACAACAAAGUCUUGCUUUACGCCUGCAGAAACUGCGAUUACAAACAGCUAGCGGACUCCAACUGCGUGUACGUCAACAAAAUUAUGCACGAAGUGGACGAGUUGACGCAUAUAAACCCUGAUGUGGUUAGUGACCCUACUCUCCCUCGUACAAAAGAUCAUAUGUGCCCGAAGUGUAACCAUCGAGAGGCCGUAUUCUUCCAGGGACAGACGAGACGCGCCGAAGAAGAGAUGAGACUGUAUUACGUAUGUACAAGUUGCAAACAUCGGUGGACUGAAUGAAAUGUUAGUAGUAAGUGUAAUCUUUAUGUAAAUGUAACAAUAAUUUCUCUAAAUUCGUUUUAUAAUAAAGUAUUUUUUGAA